AUGGACCUGAGGGACAACCGCGUGAAGCUCUGUUGUCGGCGCCAGCCCGGUUGGGUUCUGCAGCAGGAGAUCGAGUCUCGGAGCGUGCUGGUCAAGUCCCUGCUGAGACAGUGCGAGGCGCUGUGCGCGGGAACGAACGCGGCUGGCAAGAAUUCGGCCCCGAGUCUGCCGCAGCUGCCACCGUCCCAUGCCAAGCCGGCAGUCGCGCAGCAGCAGCAGCAGACAGCCCGAGACAGCGCCGCCGAGUGUCCCGCGUCCUCGCUCCAGCCGUUGUUCGCCAACGAUGCCCAGCGGAUCCGACGCGUCGCCGCGAACCUCGAGAAGCGUUGGCACGCCCUGUGGCUCCGUUCUCUAGAGUGGCAGUGCCUGCUGGAACAGCUUCUGCAGGGGUCAAGGGGUCUCUGGGAGACAGGCAGUGACUGCUGCUUUGGUGAUGAGCCCAAGACCAAGCAGCCGCGCUUGAGCUGUGAAUGGGACGGCAGCAGCAGCACAGCAAGUGACAGAACCAUGGAAAUCGGCAGCAGCAGUAACAACGGAACCAAGGAAACCCGCGCUGAGGACCAGCUGACCUCCGUCGUUGUACCUCCAACAGUCUCUGUGCCACCCGCAAGGCUUGAGAAGGGCGUCAUGGUUGGGCAGACGGGCAUCAUGGACCUUAAGUUGGCCUGCAAAGGGGGGCGGCGCUUCGAGGUGCUCCACGAUGUUGGCUAUUCGAGUGAGAGCUCGACGCAGCUCUCCAGCGAAGACUGCAUCCGGAUCUACAGCUACUCUCCGGAGCUGGCAGAAUCAGUUUUCCGGGAGUAUCGCGACGGCUUGGCAAGGGAUGGCAUCGACGGGUGUGGCACCGGCGGCAUCAAUGGCAGUGCUGACUUGUACAAGAUGGCUGAUGGAGAAGAGUACGAGGAAGGGGAGUAUGAGGCAUCACCGCUUAUUCAGUCAAACGUCUCGAACGUCGACUUCUACAAGAUGACACUGCUUGAAGAAGCACCGUUCUCGGACCAUAAUGGAGAUGAUGUCAUGGGUGCUGCAGGGCAGCUGGAUGACGAAAGCUCAGAACGAGUUCGGCGCUGGCUUCAGAACUGUGAGUCAGCGCCUUUGACUUCAGCGUCCGCUGAAGAGGAGGAAGAGGACACAUCCGUGACAGGAGGCAAUGAGGGUCGCGUUGACAGUUCUUGCGAUGCCAGCGGCGAGUACACAACGAACGAUGAAUCCGAAGAGCCUGGUGAUGAGUCCGACGGAGCUGCCUCAUCUCGCCAUUCUUCUCGUGGCAGCAGCAGUCAGGGCCUGGACACUUCGCGAAGUAUGUCGCUUCUCAGCAAGUCGGGCACUGGCUCUGUGGAGACCGUCGUACAGGUUGGCUCUGCCCUCUCUGAAGGGGACGCAGCAGCGCCGAGAGUUGUCUUGCGCCAGGGCCUGCGCAAGAAACGCUCGCGUGAGCGUCCCUGGAGCGUUAUCGAGCUAGGUCCGUGUGGAGCUCUGCAGCUGUGCCCACACUCGACGUCCGAGACAGCUCUGAACUUGCUGGCAUCUACAUCAACAGUGAAGGCACAGAGUCGGCCACGUACGAGCUCAGUGGGUGUUCAAAAGGACCCCUCAUCGCCCGAUCGCCGACCACAGAGGUCUCGUGGACUGCGGGGAUUGCGCUCUGGCUCAAGCUCAGAAGCCCUGUCUGGCUCUUCAUCGGCGCACAAGCGGCAGAAAAGUGGCGACGACAGCGGACGCCGCCUGAGACGGGCCUCCGCCACUUCCCUUUCAACAGGCACCACCGGCUCUCUGCAGAAUGUGUCUUCAUCUUCGGGCACAGAGAACUACCAGGACUGCCUUCCGUACAUCAGCUCCAAGAGCCACCUGUUCUCGCGGGCACCCACCCUGGCCCACGUAGAGGAGCAGAGCUCAGUCUCGGACCAGGUUUGGGAUGAUUACCAGGACCCACCGUACUUCAGUGAGCCCUACUCCGAGCAGACUGCGGAUGAGGAUCAGGUGAAGAAGCUGCUAGACUUUGGAGACGACUACUGGGCCUUCAUCGGGAGCCCGUCGGACACUUCCUCGCUUAGCGGCCAGCCCAGAGACCUCCCAAGACGAUCCCCGCACAAGGGCCGCCCUGCCACGAAGCCUGGGGGCACUACAGAGUUUGACUCGGAUUCAGACAUCGAGGACCUUCACCACCUGUUGGGCCAGAGCACUCGUGCUUAUACCUUCAUUCGCAACAGCCUGCACAAGAUCGCUGCCUCUGGCAUGGAUGCUCCUCAGGGGCCUCGGGAGAAAAUGUCACCACCCAAGUUUGCGGAGCUGGUAGCCACCUGCCAGACCAACCUGCACUGGUUGAAGAUGAUCCGCAUCCACCUCCAGAAUGGAGAGGACUCACCGCAGCUACAAAAGCUCAUCAGUCAGUGGGAGGCCCUGGUGAGGGAACUGCAGGACGCCAGCAGCGGCCAUGCCGACGUGCUCCAGAGCAUUCACACGCUUCGCGAAGAGCUGAGCAACCUUACCGCGCUCGUCAACCGCCCUCACCCAAUGGCGAUGCCCGAGGGAGACUGUGCCAUGCCGCUGUAUGACUUCCAGGCUGUCGAACGGAGAGCACAGGAACUCAAGGUGGCGCUGGCUUCACUGCACGAUAUCCGCGACGCCCUGUUGGAAGUGAAAGUGAAAGCCCACCGGCUUGUGCUAGCGGCUGCGGUGAAGAUUUUGAUUUGGCCAUUGAAGCACAUCCAGGCCCUGUACUGCCAGUGGGAUGACGCCUACGAACAGUUGAGUGUUGCAGCACCUUUUGUUUGUGCCACCAUGCACACACACAAGGAAGAAGUGCUUUGUGCCAGUACUGAGGCGCUGCUUCUUGGCCGUGUUGGCGCAGGCUUCAUCCCGUUGCAUCCGAACUGGGCAUAUUUCUGCAAAGGGAGUGUGAUGGCCUUGACAAUGAAGACACCAUGGUGCCCAAGCAUCAGUGCCACGAUGUCGUUCAAAGUCUUCCGAGAGAAGCCGCCCUGUGACCCUCUGUGGCUGGACCUCAUGGACAAGACGUCCGAGCUUGGAGGGUCCAACUGGCUCCUUACGUCCGGGCAGCUCAUGAACUGUGGAGCUGGCGCCUGCUUUGCCGCGUGGGAUGCGAGAAAUGAUGCUGUAGCGCCGUGGGCCAUCGUGCGUAUAUACCCUUGUCGAGCGAGGCAUUUCGAAUGCACCUCGAGCUGCUUUAAGGAUACGCAUUAUUUAGUUGGGCGCCCUGGAAAAGAGCUCAUCAGUCAGUGGGAGGCCCUGGUGAGGGAACUGCAGGACGCCAGCAGCGGCCAUGUUCGAGUUGGGUCGACAAGUGACGAGAAGGCCAUGCCGAAAGGUGCGUCGAGCCAGGCCGACGUGCUCCAGAGCAUUCACACGCUUCGCGAAGAGCUGAGCAACCUUACCGCGCUCGUCAACCGCCCUCACCCAAUGGCGAUGCCCGAGGGAGACUGUGCCAUGCCGCUGUAUGACUUCCAGGCUGUCGAACGGAGAGCACAGGAACUCAAGGUGGCGCUGGCUUCACUGCACGAUAUCCGCGACGCCCUGUUGGAAGUGAAAGUGAAAGCCCACCGGCUUGGUGCUAGCGGCUGCGGUGAAGAUGUUGAUUUGGCCAUUGGGAAGCACAUCCAGGCCCUGUACUGCCAGUGGGAUGACGCCUACGAACAGUUGAGUGUUGCAGCACCUUUUGCAGGUUGUCGCCGCGACGUUUCGCUGGUGCCGGUGCACGACUCCCGGACUCUUGCGAGAGGAACCAGUGUCAGACGCGCGCCCGGUCGAGUCGGCCCGCUUCGCCCUGUCCCGUUCUGCUUUUCGUUCGCCCGACGUACCCGCUUGGCCUUCGCCGCACGUCGGAGCGGCACCAAGCUGACUGAGUUGCAAAAGAUGCAGAGUGAGCGGAAGAUGCUGAAAGAUUCACCUCCAGAAUGCCCAGAUGCUGCAAAGGCAUUGUUGCAGGGCCAAGCAGGAGUCCCAAGUUCACUGGAGAAGCCUUCAACAAGCAGAAAAGCCGGCACCCUGACUGAGCAGUCCCGCAGCCAGAUGGCAACAAAUGGCAUGUUGGCGGCACAGGGCACAUCGGGAGACUCGACAGGGGCUGGCAGCCGGCGGAAGCGUCUCUGGCGGGUGCUCAAAGCUGCGCUGCCCGUCCAGGUGGCGCUAGUGCUGCUUUACUGCGUUGCCUGUCUCCUAGAACCACACUGCUGUGACCUGCUCAACAACUUCCACACCUCGUUCGGACCACAGCUCAGAUACACACACGGGCCACCGCCUAUUUAAGUGUCAAUGGAGGAGCGCCCCCAGUUGCACAAUUUGACGCAUCCGCUUGCCUAGAAUGAGCCCCGCAGUGCAACGGGGUCCAAGAUGACCCGCACGGAUCUCUUGACUGGCCAGACUGAUCCAUGACCCUGCAUCCAUCCAACAAGGCAAAGCAUCCUUCCCCAGCACAUUGCAUUGAAUGGUCACGGAGAGGAGAAGCCCACACAAAAACACUGCCACAAAUGAUCCACCUCGAAAAGCAACGAGCAGCCUCAUUUCGCUCGGGACAUCACUUGAUUCAUUGUGCUCUCUUGUGUGUUCAGGUUGCUUUUUCUUUUGUAUUUUUAUUUUUCUGUGGUAUCUCGUUUGUGCGUACUCAUCAUGCCUCUGUUAUCGUAAUGCAAAGUGAGGUGGUGCAUCAACAUUUCUCGCAUGCAUUUUCUUAGAGUUAUCACAACGCACGUCAUUAUAGUAUCGUUGCACACAAGGCAUACCAGUAUGAAAGACUUCAUUAGAAGAAGUGUCUGUAGAAAGUGCAAGAAUAUUGAAAACAAAUAUGACACACACUACAUAGAAUUAGGAGCGACCCUUGGUCUCUUCAGGCAAGUGGUUUGAAAUUCAUUGCUUCAAUUUAUCGAAGUUCAUAGUUUCAUUGUUAUUUAUUUUUAACAGAUCUUGUGACACUUUGCAGUUAUUGCGCAAGCUAAAAACGUAGGUGUGCUAAUGGCUAUUGAAACAGCUAUUUCUUGCUUCUUUUAGUCACCAGUCAUUAUUACUUGCGUAUGCAAAAAUCAAGCCCUCCAUUGAUAUUAGCGGAUGCUCUAAAAGGGUGUCAUGACAAGACUGCCGCAUCGCAUUGAUCAUGUCCUUCACAUAUUCAUCAUUGCAUCUGGUAGAAGAAUGUAGCAGAUGUUCUACUGCAUGUCUUGUUUGUCAGUUCUGGCGACAAUUGAGGCAGCAGUUGCAUUUUUUUUUCUUUUUUUAUUUCAUGGUGAUGUAUGUAUUCACCAUGUAGCUGUGUUGUCUUCAUAGGAUCGUACAUAUCGGAGUUGUGUCCAGUGUGUGACAUAGCUCUGUGGCUAUCACUGUUGGCGUUGAGUGUUUGGCUGUGUAUGAUUUUCUGGUGUUGCUUUGCGAUUAGGGUUGCCACGUUUGUUGUGGGGCGAAAAAAAAAGCAACCAUGGGAGUCUGCUGUGGUGGUGACUGGCGUUAGAUUUGCCGCGAAAAUGUAUCGUGCAUUCAACUGAAACAAAAUUACCAAGUUAUGUGCAACAUCGAUUGCAGAUGAAAACAAUUCAAAGUAAAGAAAGGUGGUGCACUUUCUCCAAUAUAAGUGUUGCGAGGGCUGAGAAACUUAAUUAGCUCAUUUUACUGUGUCUUCUAACUUGCUGUUUUUCUACCUGAUCGGUUCUGUUAGGACAUGGUUUGUCAGUCAUUCACCAAGACACGAUUGGAAAGUUGACAAUGCCGGUAUCGGCAAAAUACCGCCAGUGCCAGUUAAAAGGUAGAAAGUGGUACCCUUUUUGCAAUGCAAGGCAGUAGCGCUUUUUUAAAAAAUGCACUUUGAAUAAAUUAUGGUAGCAAAAAAUCAUGAAAUAUAGGUAUCACUUUCAAAACUGCUCACCAGCCUGCUGAUAGGAAACAUUUUCACCCCACGUGAUAGGACUACUAUAGAUAUAGUAGCUUGCUCUUAAUGAGGGGAAGAAUGUUAAAACACUGCCCGCAGGGCAUUUUCGGCGCACUUGUUAUGCCAGUGAAGAUUACUGAUAAAGCCAGUACACUUCCGUGGUAGUAGGCAAGUUUUUUUUUUUUUUUUUUUUCAGUUACUGUUACUAUGCUUUUUUUUCUUUUUUUUCCGUGAGACAGGGGCCAAAUCAAGUUUUGAACAUGUAUUGCAUGCAGGUUUUUCAUGUCGGUGAAUUCGUUAAGCGCUUAGUUCAUUGUCCUUGUCUUGUUCUGCGGUGUUAAUACGCGCACAGUGUUUUGUGCAGUAGCAUGGCAUGGAGGAGAAGGUUUGUAUGGCAUGCUUUCUUGUUUUUCUUUCUCCUGUUGCAUUAGGUGUGUCUUUUGAUGCAUAUUAUGGUGUAGCUGUUGCUGUUUUUGUAGAUUUUCCAUUAUUCUCUGGAUUCCCAAUCAGAGCAUCUUGUGAGAAAUCAUGCCGAGGUCUAAAACUUUCAUUCUCACACUUGUUUUCCGGUGUUCUGGCAUCAUUGUCAAGAGUUUGAGACAGGGUGUCCAAAGACCUUUAAAUCAUAGGCAUCUUGAAACAAUAACUUUCGCUACCGAGGUUGGGUGCUUCAGCUGCUCACCGUUGUGACUGGCAGAUUUCCUCUUUUGUCACUAUAAUGUAGCAUAAUGGUAAAGUUCUUGCACACAAGUUCCUGUUCACAUACUGAACUGACGUGCCUCUGACCCCUUAUCUUAAUCACAUGCAUCUCCACUGUAGAUCUUACCAGUAUGCAUCUUUGAAACAAUAAUUGAUGUUUUUCAGGUUUAAAUGUUUGCUGUUAUUAUAAGGAGCUGCGUGUUAUACACUGCAUCAAAAUUAUAUAAAAACUUGAAUAUUUGUGAGCAGGCUUGCUGUAAAGUGGAAAAAAAAUUGUGUUCAGCUCUCUAGGGUUUCACCUAAAGAUUCAAUGCAUUGAUAUGCAGUUCGUACCCAUCAUCAAAAAAGUUAGCUCAACUUUCUCUUUGUUUUAUAUAUAUAACAAUACUUGAGUACCUUGAGAGAAGUUUAUUGUGCCUUAUUCCCACCAUAUGACGCAUGUUAUUUAAAAAGAAUGAACUAUUAGGAUCUGGACAAGUUAUCUUAAUGCUUUCCAGAUGAGAAUAUUGCAGUGCAUUCAGAUUGUGUUGUGAAACCUGUUUCCUCAUUUUUUUGGUGAUGGCUCUGCUUGAGGAAGUUGCUUGGAAUGAUAAAGUAGGCCACAAAUUGCCUUGAUGCUGUGAUUGCUGCAGCUUACCCUCAGCUGUGGAGGAAAUAUUUUUCUACUGAAUAGUACACACAAUGCCUGUGCUCAUUAUAUUGGUGUACUCCAGUCUCCACAAAUGGAUGACUACACAUGUUUGCCUCAUCCUGUGCUGUGAACUAGAGAAACUUGGGAAAAAACAAACAAAAAAAAAACAUGCAGUUUAUCAAUACUAUUUCCUAUAGAGCUUGUUGAUAUUUUUUAAAGUCGUGCAAAUGGCCACAUCUUGUUAUUCUGUUGUUGCAGACUGUAGUCCACUUUCUCACUGGGAAUCAUUUCUUUUUCAGAUGUUUUUGUUAGAGCAUGUUUAUUAUUUCUCUCUAUUUGAUGAUGUGGUCAAGCAUCCUUUUUUUUGUUGAAGAUAUCCAUUUCAAGUCAAAACAGCCCACAGUGGCAGAUUAAUUUUUUUCUUUUACUUUCUCGUAGUAUUUAUUGCACAAUUUCGUGCCGCCUUGAAUCACGAUUUCGGUAAGUGCAAAAUGUCAACGCAAGCUCAUUGCGAAGGCAGGAUUUGUGCUUUGCGUUGGCACUGUCUAGUCAGAGCAAAAAAAUUCUCGCCACUUGUUUCUUCUUAUUCUUUUUUUUUUUUUUUUUGUCUCUAUGAAACAAGCCUAUUUACAACCUAAAUGACUCUAUGAAAAACAGAUAAGGUUUUAGACGCGUUGAAUGUCUCACAGAUGCUCUUUCAGAAACAGAGCUCGCAUUGUUUUCCAGUGCUGCUGUUUCUGAUGCAGUUGGCCAGCACCAUGCAGAACGCAGGUGCUACACUGUAUGCUAUGUACGACUUCACUAGUGGCCUUUCUAGAUGUGUGGAAUAAAGUGAACAUUAUUGUCCAA